AUGGCAGAGGGCAGCUGGCCGCUGGAAUUCAAAUGGAUUUACAAUGGGACCGAGCUGACACGCUUCUCCCUGGAGUACAGGUACCUGAUUCCUUCUCUGGACCGCUCACAUGCCGGUCACUAUCGUUGCAUCGUCAGGAACCGGGUGGGUGCUAUAAUGCAGUGCAGCACCGAAGUGCAAGUUGCCUACAUGGGUGGCUUUGUGGAGGGGGAGCGGUCACAGACUGUGUCGCAGGGCGAGGGUGCGCUCAUCCAUGCUCCACGAAUUAACAGCUUCCCAAGGCCCCAGAUCACUUGGUUCAGAGACGGUCGGAAGAUUCCCUCCAGUAGCCGCAUUGCCAUCACCCUAGACAACACACUGGUCAUCCUGUCAACGGUGGCUCCUGAUGCAGGACGCUACUACGCCCAAGCUGUCAACGACAAGAACGGAGAAAACAAGACCAGCCAGCCCGUCACGCUCACUGUGGAGAAUGUAGGGGGACCUGCGGACCCCAUAGCCCCCUCUAUCAUUAUACCACCAAAGAACACCAGUGUAACCGUGGGGAGAAACGAAGUCAUCAUGGAAUGUGUCGCCAAUGCUAGGCCGCUUGUCAAGAUGGGCAUCACAUGGAGGAAAGACGGCGCGGUGGUCAACGCUGGCGUGCGGGAUUUCGGCCGUAGGCUGGUCAUCAGCCUGCCCGCCGUCAGCGACAGCGGCUACUACGAGUGUGAGGCUUCGCUCCGCAGCAGCAGCGUCCCCUCUGUGUCCGCCGGGGCCUACCUGCACGUUCUCGAGCAUCCUCUGUUUGUGAAAGAGCCCCCGACUCACAUUAGCGCGGAGAUGGAAAAGGUGGUGGACAUCCCCUGUCAGGCACGAGGCACACCGCAGCCAGACAUAGUGUGGUACAAAGAUGCAGUGCCCAUCAGUCCGGUGAAGAUCCCCAGGUACAGAGUGCUGGUAGGGGGCAGUCUACAGAUCAACGGUCUUCUGCCCGACGACACGGGGAUGUUCCAGUGUUUCGCCAGGAAUCUAGCCGGCGAGAUUCAGACAAACACCUACCUAGCUGUUACGAGUAUCGCUCCCAACAUCACUGCCGGCCCCUCUGACAGCGCGGUGAUCGAUGGCAUGUCAGUCAUUCUCCACUGCGAGACCUCGGGAGCCCCACGGCCAGCCAUCACCUGGCAGAAAGGCGAGCGUGUCUUGGCGAGCGGUUCAGUCCAGCUGCCCCGGUUCACCCUGCUGGAGUCAGGCAGCCUCCUGAUUAGUCCCUCCCACCUGUCCGAUGCCGGUACAUACACCUGCAUGGCCAGUAACUCCAGAGGCAUCGAUGAAGCCGCCGCUGACCUGGUGGUGUGGGCACGGACCCGCAUCACCAAGCCCCCACAGGACCAGAGUGUCAUCAAAGGGACCAAGGCUGUGAUGUCCUGCGGCGUGACCCACGACCCCAGCGUCACUGUCAGGUACGUGUGGGAGAAGAGCGGCUCGGUGAUCGACGUGAACGUGUCGCCUCGCCUGCGGCUGGAUCCCGACGGGAUGCUGCACAUCUCCCAGACGUGGUCGGGCGACAUCGGAACAUACACCUGCAGGGUGACCUCGGUGGGCGGCAACGACUCCCGCAGCGCCCACCUCCGAGUCAGGCAGCUACCCCACGCCCCGGAGAACCCAAUAGCAGUUCUGAGUACGGCGGAGAAGAGGGCCAUCAACCUGACGUGGGCGCAGGCUUUCGACGGCAACAGCCCCCUGAUCCGGUAUAUUCUGGAGGUGUCGGAAAACAAUGCUCCAUGGACAGUACUCCUCGCCAACAUCGAACCAGAGUCAACAGGGGUGACAGUCAGCGGCCUCAUCCCAGCCCGCUCAUACCAGUUCCGCCUGUGUGCCGUCAACGAUGUGGGCAGAGGCCAGUUCAGCAAGGAGACUGAACGACUCUCUCUCCCAGAAGAGCCCCCGAGCGCCCCCCCACAGACCGUGAUUGCCAGCGGCCGCACCAACCAGUCCAUCAUGAUCCAGUGGCAGCCGCCCCCGGAGAGCCAUCAGAACGGUCCGCUCCAGGGGUACAUCAUUAGGUACUGUCUGUCAGGUCUUCCCGUCGACUGCCAGAUAAAAAACAUCACCAGCCCGGAUCAGACCAACUUGCUGCUGGAGGAACUUAUCAUCUGGACCAAUUACGAGAUCGAGGUGGCGGCUUACAACGGGGCGGGCAGGGGCAUCUACAGCCACAAGGUCACCGAGUGGACCCUGCAAGGAGUGCCUACAGUACCGCCAGGAAAUGUGCAGGCAGAAGCUGUAAAUUCGACAACUAUUCGUUUUUCGUGGAGUGCCCCUAGCCCGCAGUUCAUCAACGGGAUCAACCAGGGGUACAAGCUGCUGGCGUGGGAGCCCAACAGCGAGAACGAGGUAACCAUGGUAACAGUGCGUCCCAACUUCCAAGACAGCAUUCAUGUGGGCUACGUCCCAGGGCUGAGGAAGUUCACUGAGUACUCCACCUCAGUGCUGUGCUUCACCACGCCGGGGGACGGACCCCGCAGUCCACCGCAAAGGCUGCGCACCCACGAGGACACCCCUGGUGCUGUGGGACACUUAAGUUUCACUGAAAUCCUGGACACCUCGCUGAAAGUCAGCUGGAAAGAGCCUCAUGAAAAGAACGGCGUACUCACGGGUUAUCGCAUUUCCUGGGAGGAGUUCAACCGGACCAACACCCGGGUGACCCACUACCUGCCCAACCUGACCCAGGAGUACAGGGUGACGGGGCUCACCGCCCUCACCACUUACACCAUCCAGGUGGCAGGCAUGACCUCCAAAGGCCAGGGCCAGCUCUCCUCCUCCACCAUAUCCUCCGGCGUACCACCAGAGAUGCCAGGCCCUCCCACCAACAUAGCCAUCGCCAACAUUGGACCCCGCUCUGUGACUUUGCAAUUCAAACCAGGUUACGACGGCAAAACCUCCAUCUCCCGCUGGCAGGUGGAAGCCCAGAUUGGUAUAAUAGGAGAGAACGAGGAGUGGCUAAUGGUCCAUCAGCUGGUUAAUGAGCCUGAUGCAAGAUCACUGGAGGUGCUGGACCUGAACCCCUUUACUUUUUACAGGUUUCGUAUGCGCCAGCUGAACAUAGUGGGAACCAGUCCUCCCAGUCAGCCUUCCAGAAAGAUCCAGACUCUGCAGGCUCCUCCAGAUAUUUCCCCCGCCAACGUUACCCUGCGCACAGCCAGCGAGACCAGCCUCUGGCUUCGAUGGUUGCCUCUUCCAGAGUGGGAGUACAAUGGCAAUCCAGAGCUGGUGGGAUAUCGGGUGCAGUACUCCAAAGCCGGGUCUAAAGGAGGGGUUCUUUCCCAUGUCAUCAUGGACCGACUGGAGAGGGAGUUCACCAUCGAAGACCUAGAGGAGUGGACAGAGUACGAGGUCAGAGUUCAGGCCAUCAACGGCAUUGGGUCUGGACCCUGGAGCCCCCCAGUACAUGGAAGGACCAGGGAGUCAGUGCCUUCUUGUGGUCCAACCAACGUGUCAGCUUUUGCCACUACUUCAAGCAGCAUCCUGGUUCGCUGGGGGGAGGUCCCAGAUCCGGACCGUAACGGACUUAUUCUGGGGUACAAGGUAGUGUAUAAGGAGAAGGAUGCAGACACAGUACCUAAGUUCUGGACAGUGGAGGGCAAUACUAGCCAUAGUGUCCAGCUGGGUGGUCUGGGCAAGUAUGUCCUCUAUGAGAUCCAGGUCCUGGCCUUCACACGGAUAGGAGAUGGCAGGAGUAGCUCUCCAUCCAUCCUGGAGAGGACCCUCGAUGAUGUGCCGGGCCCUCCUGUGGGCAUCUUGUUCCCGGAGGUCAGGACCACCUCGGUGAGACUCAUCUGGCAACCGCCUGCCCAGCCAAAUGGCAUCAUCCUGGCUUAUCAGAUCACACACAGGCGGAACUCAUCUAACAGUAAUGCCGCCACUGUUGACGUGUUGAGCCCCAGCGCACGACAGUACACAUCGGCGGGCCUGAAACCAGAAACGGUCUAUGUGUUCCGCCUCACCGCCCAGACUCGGAAAGGUUGGGGGGAGGCUGCUGAGGCACUUGUGGUUACAACGGAAAAGAGAUCGCGGCCCCAGCCUACCAGCCGCCCCACGGUGCCUCAAGAUGAGGUUCAGGCUCGCAGAGUGCUGUUGUCAUGGGAACCAGGCAGCGACGGUCUGUCCCCAGUCCGAUAUUACACGGUCCAGUACAGAGAGCUGCCCAGUAAGAACUGGACCAUCCACUCCGCAUCAGUCAACCAUGAGGCUAGCUCCUAUAUAGUGGACAGGCUAAAGCCUUUCACUUCCUAUCAGUUCCGAGUGAAAGCAACCAACGACAUCGGGGAUAGUGAGUACAGUGAGGAGAGCGAGGCCAUCACUACGCUACAAGACGCGCCAGACAAGGCCCCCACAAUCCUAUCUGUCACACCGCACACCACUACAUCCGUACUUGUUCGCUGGCAGCCGCCCUCUGAUGACCAGAUUAACGGAGUCCUGCUUGGGUUCAGGGUCAGGUACAGGGAAUUACAUUAUGACCGGCUACGCAGUUUCAGCGUCCGCACAGUCAACAGUCCCUCAGUCAACUGGGCCGAGAUCAGCGCUCCUUACAGUGUCAGGAACUUGAGCGAAUCCACUCUCACCCAAUACGAGCUGGACAAUCUCAGUAAACACAAGCGCUAUGAGAUCCGUCUCAGCGUGUAUAAUGCUGUGGGGGAGGGCCCUAGCAGUGCACCACAGGAAGUGUUUGUUGGUGAAGCAGUCCCCACAGCCUCGCCCCAGAACAUCAUCAUCCAGUCCUCAACAGCGACACAGCUGGAUGUGACAUGGGACCCUCCUCCUCUGGAUGCUCAGAAUGGAGAUAUCCAGGGUUACAAGAUUUAUUUUUGGGAGUUCCAGCUGCAGAAUGAAACCGAGCGCCUUCGUACUCUAUUCCUGCCUGAGCUGGGAGUGAAGCUUAAAAACCUGACAGGCUACACCACCUACAUGAUCUGCAUAGCAGCCUUUAAUGCUGCUGGGGACGGACCCCGUUCCCUGCCCACAAGAGGGCGCACUCAGCAAGCAGCUCCCAGUGCCCCCAGCUUCAUCCAUUUCAGCGAGCUGACCACCACAUCAGUCAAUGUGUCAUGGGGAGAGCCUAAGCAGGCCAAUGGCAUCAUUGAGGGCUACCGCCUGGUUUACGAACCUUGCACCCCCGUGGAUGGUGUCAGUAAGAUUGUGACAGUAGAUGUGAAGGGCAGCGCCCCCCUGUGGAUGAAGAUCAAAGACUUGGCGGAUGGGGUCACCUAUAACUUCCGCAUCAGGGCCAAAACCCUUACCUAUGGCCCGGAAGUGGAAGCCAACAUCACCACUGGGCCUGGAGAAGGGGCCCCAGGCCCUCCCGGAGAACCCUUCAUCUCCCGUUAUGGUACUGCUCUCACACUGCACUGGACCAAUGGGGAUCCGGGCCGCGCACCCAUCACGCGCUACGUCAUAGAGGCCAGACCCUCUGAUGAGGGACUGUGGGAUAUCCUGGUCAAAGAUAUUCCCAAGGAAGUAACAUCAUACACACUCAAUCUUGACAUGCUGAGAGAAGGUGUCACCUAUGACUUCCGGGUCAUCGGGGUCAACGACUAUGGCUAUGGGUCCCCAAGUGCACCCUCCCCUUCCAUAUCAGCCCAGAAAGUGUCUCCGUUUUAUGAGGAGUGGUGGUUCCUGGUAGUGGUUGCUCUGGUGGGCCUCAUCUUCAUCCUCCUCCUCGUCUUCAUCCUUAUCAUCCGAGGCCAGAGCAAGAAGUACACCAAGAAAGCAGACUCAGGCAACCACUCCAACUGUACAGCGCUGCCUCUGACCCACGGGGAGAUGAUGCGCCUGGACGAGGGACGCUUCCCCGCCCUGGAGCUCAACAACAGACGCCUAUCCGUCAAAAACUCCUUCUGCCGCAAAAAUGGCAUCUACACACGAUCUCCACCAAGGCCCAGUCCUGGCAGUCUGCACUACUCAGACGAGGACGUCAGCACCAAAUAUAAUGAUCUGAUUCCAGCAGAGAGCAGCAGCCUGACGGAGAAACCCUCUGAGAUAUCUGACUCCCAGGGUAGCGACAGUGAGUACGAGAUGGACGCGAGCCGACAGAAGACCCACUCUUUCGUCAACCACUACAUCAGCGACCCUACAUACUACAACUCCUGGCGCCGCCAGCAGAAGGGCGUCUCCCGUCCGCCAGCGUACGGCUACUCCCAGCCCGACCCCCUGGUGGAACAGGAGUCCCGACAGCAUCCGCCACCCCUGCCACCCCUGCCCCCUCUGCUGCCCCAGGGCAGCCCCUUGCCCCAGCCCCAGGGCCCGGGACAGGGCACCUUAUUUAGGCCCAAGGGAAGCCGGACUCCAACCCCAUCCCUGUUGUCAUCUGAACCGACCAGCCAGCACAGCACCCUCUACCGGCCUCCCAGCAGCCUGGGCUGUGCCUCUCAGCCACCUACCGCGGGCUUCUCCUCUUUUGUUUGACACACAGGUGUCCUUCUGACAACAGCGGGACCCCGAGGACAGACGGCUCUUUCAUUUUGUUGUUGGUGGUUUACUGUAACUUUGCUUUUUUUUUC